UGACUGACGUGAGAGCGUGCGUCACUCAGAAGAGGUGACCAAGUUGAUACGCUGCUGCCGCCGCAGGCCGCACUAGGCGCUGCUCCUUGUAUCGUCAGGGUACUAUACUCAUUGCAGCUCUUCAUCGUCAACGUACCUACAUAUAGCACAAACCGGGUGCUGCUCAUACACUUAAGUUGCCACUGCCACUUAGCUUAUCAAGCUUGAGAGAAAACAUGACCUUCGACCACGGCAACGGCCCAAUCGGCUCCGCGGGGGCGCACUUCGUUCUGGUCCCGAUGAUGGCGCAGGGCCACACCAUUCCCAUGACAGACAUGGCGCGCCUGCUGGCCGAGCACGGCGCGCAGGUCAGCUUCAUCACCACGCCAGUGAACGCCUCCAGGUUGGCGGGCUUCGCUGCCGAUGUGGAGACAGCGGGCCUGCCGGUCCAGCUAGUGGAGCUCGACUUCCUGACCGCCGAGUUCGGCCUACCGGACGGGUGCGAGAACAUCGACAUGAUCGAGUCCAAGGGUCUGGUCGUGAGCUUCAUGGAGGCAUGUGCCGCGCUCGGGGAGCCGUUAAUGGCGCACCUCCGGCAGCAGCAGCGCUCGCCUCCAAGCUGCAUCAUAUCUGACAUGAUGCACUGGUGGACCGGUGACAUCGCAAGAGAGCUUGGUAUCCCGAGGCUCACUUUUAGUGGCUGCUGUGGCUUCUCCUCCCUUGUCAGGUACAUCAUCUCUCACAACAAGGUGCUGGAAAACGUCACAGAUGAAAAUGAGCUCAUCACGAUCCCGGGGUUCCCUACACAACUAGAGUUGACCAAGGCUAAAUGCCCUGGAAGUCUUUUCAUUCCAGGUUUUGAGAAAAUUCGUGAGAAGAUGUGUGAGGAGGAGCUGAGAUGCGAUGGUGUGAUCAUUAACAGCUUCGAAGAACUAGAGACAUUGUACAUUGAGUCCUUGGAGCAAGUGACAAGGAAGAAGGUCUGGACAGUCGGGCCAAUGUGCCUCUGCCACCGAGACAGCAACACAAUGGCCACAAGAGGAAACAAGGCAUCAAUGGAUGAGGCACAGUGCUUGCAAUGGCUUGAUUCAAUGAAGCCAGGCUCGGUAAUCUUUGUCAGCUUUGGCAGCCUCGCUUCCACUACACCUCAACAGCUUGUUGAGCUGGGGCUGGGACUCGAAGCCUCCAACAAACCCUUUAUUUGGGUGAUCAAAGCAGGAGGAAAGUUUCCUGAAGUCGAGGAAUGGCUCGCAGAUGGGUUCGAGGAGCGCGUCAAAGACAGAGGCAUGAUUAUAAGAGGCUGGGCGCCACAGGUAAUGAUACUGUGGCACCAAGCCAUUGGAGGAUUUGUGACGCACUGUGGGUGGAACUCAACAAUAGAGGGUAUAUGUGCAGGUGUGCCCAUGAUCACAUGGCCACAUUUUGCAGAGCAGUUUUUGAAUGAGAAGCUCGUGGUGGAUGUUCUGAAAACUGGUUUGGAGGUUGGAGUGAAAGGAGUUACACAGUGGGGAAACGAACAACAAGAGGUUAUGGUUACAAGAGAUGCUGUGGAAAAAGCAGUGUACACCCUGAUGGGUGAGGGGGAGGCUGCACAGGAGUUGAGGAUGAGAGCAAAAGACUACGCCAUUAAGGCAAGGAGGGCUUUCGGCGAGGAAGGUUCUUCGUAUAACAACGUAAGGCUAUUAAUUCAAGAAAUGGGAAACAAGACGAAUGCAUGUGGCUGACAGAUGCUAAUAAGCUCUCUCUUUUCGUGUAAACACAAGUGAAAGAUCCUGCAGUACAAAUAUCAUUAUAAAGAAUUUUAUUUUACGAGCAACCAAUAGCUUGUAUCA